UAUUCCUGCAGGAAUACAUUGCAGCAGGGAGGCAUUUUUGAAUGAGAGGACUCUUUUACAUUCUCAUUAAGGGUUGUACCUAUUUUUUUUUCCACAAAAAAGGAGCAGUAUUUUCAGAGAUAAGCAAGGUCUACAUAAAAAGCAGGCUGCUGAUGUUGCUGCUUCAGCACUGGAUGGGUGGGUGAAGAGAAUUUGAAGAAGAUCAGAAUCUGAAUUUGAAGCCCAGAUCAUCCAAUAGGUUUUCUGGGUGCAUACACAGGGGCCUGACCCAGUAGGGGGCCCUCAUGAGCAAUUAUGUGAAAAUCUAAACAGCUGUUUUUUACUUAUGAGAACUUUACUAGUGGCACAGUGGAACAUAUGAAAUAAUGUAUCAUGCCAUAAUACUGAUACUCUCCACGUCUUUCCUAAACUUCAUUUUCUCCUCCAGUCACUGCUUAGCAAACGUUCACUAUUUGUAGACUGAUCUAGUUAAGGAUGUCCAUUUUCAAAGCCAAAAGUCACCUGAGUUAAAGAAGAAAGUUGAUUUGUCCUUGUUGGCAGUGAUCUGCAAACUGUCAUCAAAGGUGCCGAUUAAGGAUGCUGUGUGAAAGCAGUCUCUGGUGCAUGACACUUUGCACGGACUCUGACCAUGCGAGUCCGUCUGCAUGCUGCCCAGCAGCACCUCUGAAAUCUCCUCGGUUGACUUCUUCCCAUUCGGCCCAAAUGGUCCCACCAGUGCGUUCAUCUUUAGAGAAGCAGCGUAGCAGCUCCUCUAGAGACUCCCAGUCCAAGCAGGACGACUACCAGCCUCCUUUUGCAGCAGCCCCCCUGGAAUCCCGACAUCUUUCUCCAGGUGUCGGCAUCCCUGGGAGAGAGGAGUCUUCUGGGGCUGAAGCCUUUCUGGUGCCUUCCAGCUGCCACAGCAUCUGCCAACACUACAGUGACCUGCACAUAGCUGGGGAACAGGUGAUGCCUCUCAGUCCCAGUGCAGGAGAUCCAGUGGGCAGCUACUUGCAGGACCUCCACCCAGGACCUUUCCUAGUAUCUGGAGAUGUUCCUCCUCCCUCCUUGCUUCCUCCUCCCCAGGUCCCUGAAUCCAGGACCUCCAGAUGGAGGGAGGGCAGUGGGCGCGAGCGUCCCUCUCUGCUGCAGGAUGGUCGGCCACUUUCCAACUCCCAGCUGAACAGCUACCUGGAACAGAAGCUGCUGGAGUUGUACAAAGAGUACCUGACUGAGGGCCCCGCUGGGCCGAGGCCCCUCAUGGCCUCUGAACUUCUGCAGAGCAGCCUAGAACAAAUCACUCUGCAGUUGACCCGAGAGCAGAAGCUGGAGGCGGCACGGGCGAAAGACAUGCUGCUAAGCUUCCUGUUGAGAGCUACAAGCAGCCAGCAGUCCAGCCAGAUCAGCACCCCACUGCUUCAGAUCUCCACCCAGACAAAGUGAGGAGGGAGGAGGGCAAAACAGGAAGAAGAAUGGUAGGAGGUGGGAGGCAGUGAGAGAGAAGUAAUAAGAUAUAUCAUAUAGUGGGACAAGAGGAGUGUGAACUUUGUUUGGACCUUCUUUAAGUAACCUUGCAUGUAUCAUCUUGGUAAGAUUUAGAAUUUGAAAUCAAUUAGAAUUUCCUGUACUACUCGAUAUGAGUGCAGAGUUUGAACAAGACAUGAAAUACAGUAGGACUCGAGGCACCUCCAAUCGACUCUUUGGAUCUCAAAUCAAGAUUCCUGAGGUCUUGGCGUCACAACUUGAUGCGGAAAGAUGCAGGAAAAGGACACAGUCAAAAAUAAAACAAAUUUAGUGAGUUUUUUGUUUUUAAACUUCCCAGGAUCCAUUGUGAAAUGAAAAGGCCAUUUUUUCACUACUGAAACUAGCAUCAGUACUGCCACAAUGAGUUCACAAACAGUGGUACACAGGGACGCUCCGAUUCCCACUGGGAAUUUCUUACACUGCCAUCAAUCACAAAUCAUGAUAAGACAAUCAUUUUGGUCAAGUUCUUGACUGCUUUAGAUCAUAUUUAGACCAGUUUGUUAGUGCAAAUGGGGAAAUUUCAGAACCUAAAAGAGUGGUGUUUCCCAAGGUUCUAUUUUAGGUCCCUUACUAUUCUCACUUUGUUUACAGCCAAUAAGAUGUCAUUUGCAAACAAUGUUCCCUUUUGUUUUUAUGCUGAUGGUACAGUUAUACAUAAUAGCUCUGCCACAUACAUUGACACAGUUACACAAAGGGAAAUAUAUGGUUAAAAACAUAAAAGUCUGGAUGACCAGGAACUUCCUUCUUCUAAAUUGUAAUAACUCCACAUUGACUUCAAGGUCUUGCAUAAGACCUUCAAAGUCCUUAAGACAUUCAAAGUCCUUAAUGCCCUUUGCUGUUAUGGCCCAUCUAGACUAAUUUGCUCAACUGAAGCUUACUGCAGAUCCCUAGAACCAACUGCAACUCUGUUGGUCGAAGAAGUUUUUAUUGAGCUCUUAAACUCUAGAACAUUCCAGAGCAUAUGCAGAUUGCAAAUAUGGGUGUUUUUAAUGCAGAUUAAAAACACAUUUGUUCAGGCUAGUUUUGUUCAUGCCUAGUUUUUCGAUCUCUUAUUAAUCUGUAAUUUGGAAUUGUGCUGUCCAUCAGUUCAUACUUGUUCAUAUAAACCAUGUUUCAGAUUUCAAUGUUCUGCUUAUCAUACUGUGUAAAGCUUGAACAAAACAUGAAUUAAAUUAUAUCCAGUAAUGGUUUACUAAUUUAACAUUUAAGUAAUAUGUAAUUUUUACUUGAUAUUUCAAUACGUACUGAAUUUUCCAUGAAAAUUAAGUAGCAAAACAAAAUACAUUAAACAUGAAAAUUAAUGAUAUCAAUUAAACACAUUUGAAUUAUUCCCACUUUAAUCAGUUAUAAACAUUGCUACAUGUCUUUAACUUUGCUUGUAAUAUACACACUGUUUUUGUGGAAAUUAUUUAUGACCAUAAAGCAGGUCACUGUUCGACACCACUUUCAAUAAAUAUACCUUUAAAAGGGG